CCUUCCGGGAAUUCUUCAAUUCACGGGAGCAGAAUCAGAAGCAGAAGCAGGAGCAGGAGAGCAGAGCGUGACCCAGCCACCCACUCAACCAUGUAUCGACUGGCGGUGCGAGAUCAGUGCAAGUGCGCCCUGCAGCGUACGCUGCAGCAGACCACGACAAGUAGCAGCAGGCAGUUUAGCCAGAGCCAGGGCCAGAGCCAGAACAACAGCAGGAGUAACCGGGAGCAGGGCAACCAGCAGCAAGGACGACAAGGAUAUGGCUAUCAGAGCCUUCCGCCGCCACCAAACAUGCGCGAAGCUAGCUUCGGCAAAGUCGUGCUCUUCGUUUCCCCGUUGGCGGCCGUGGGCGGUGUCAUCACCUACGCCAAGUACGACGACGACUUCCGUAAGUUGGUGGAAAAGAAUGUGCCUGGAGCAGGUACGGUCAUCAAGGUGGCGCUGCAGGAAGAGCCACCGUUCCAGGGUAUCACGAAGAGUGUCAACGAGCAGGUUGACAAGGUCAAGGCCGGCUUUGACACUGUAACCUCUUCCGUUGACUCUGUCACAUCCAAGGUGACUGGUCUUUUCGGCGGCGCCAGUGAGGACAAGCCGAAGGUGCCAAAGUUGGAGCAAGUGAAGGGGGACAGGGCUGAGAAGAAGUCCCUGGCGGUCUCGUCGCCUGCUAAGGUUGAGUCCAAACCGAUUGAAAAGCCAGCCGUCAAGCCGGUUGCUCUGGUGAAGCCCAAAGAGGAACCGCUGCCCCGCGAGGUUGUGGAGCUGGAGAAGACCAUUGAGCUGUCCGCCCAGCUGGCCGUUAAGGAGUACAACCACGCAAUCACCGUCCUGAAGAGCUUCAACGAGGAUGUGCGCAAUGUGGUAGACAAGGCGGUCGAAAAAGGCGACAAUGCAGUAUGGACCAAGUUGAGGAAUCGCGCCGGAGCCCGUGACACAGCAGUGGCCACGGCUGAGAGAGCGGCGCGGGAAGCCCAGGAGAAAAUUGUUGCCUGUGAGAUUGCGUUGAGUGCCGCUGCCACGGCUCAAAAUACUAAAACAAUCGAGGCUGUGCGCGACAAGAUUAAGAAGCUGGUGGACCAUAUAGCUACCAUGAAGGAUGAACUAUAUCGGCACAAGGACACCGCCAGCGUAUCUGACAAGUACUGGCUGAACGUGGAGAAGGCGCGCAACUACUUCAUUGACGAGAUCGAGUCCAUUUUCCCGGGGCUAAGUCUGGCCGACCGGACUCUCAAUUUGUCCAAGGAGGACCUCGAUCUUUUCAUCUUGCACGCCUACACCCACGUUCUCGCCUAUCAAAAGGAGCUGCAGCGCCUGCAAACUGACGGUGAACUGCGCCUGAAGCGGGCUAUAGACUCUCUGCGUGGCGACAGUGAUUCGGAGGCAUUGCGCGCCCAGCUGGAAUACCAUCUGGAGGCGGAGCGACGUAAGCUGGCCGUGGAGAACCAGAAGAAGAUUUUCCACAUCCAUGCCGAGUCCGACAAGGUGCUACGCCAGCAGCUCAAGAAGCAGGCCGAGGCUCAUGCGGAUCACAUCAAGGAUAUUGUGGCACAGCGGGAGACCGAUCUUACUCGCAGCUUCAAGCGGGAGCUGGAAGACAAGCUGGCCACCGAGAAGGCCAACUACAAGCUUCAGCUGGCCGCUAUGCUGGGCAAGCUGCGAGGCAUGGAUGCGGCUCUCCAGGAAAUUGAGACAGAGUUCCAAGAGCGUGCGGAUUCGGAACGCACUGCCAACCAAGCUCAAGCUUUGUGGGCCGCCUGCCAAGCCCUGUGGGCCUCCGUGCGCACUGCCACCCCCGGAGUUCACUACAAGGAAAAGCUGCGUCCUCUGAAGAACGAGAUCAAUGCUAUUGCCAAGGUGUCGAAGGGCGAUGAUCUGGUGGCCGCAGUGCUACAGAGCAUGCCGCAGGAGGCUCGGGAGCGCGGUGUUUAUCCCGAGGAUGCCUUGCGGGAACGUUUCUUGAACGUGGAGCGUGUGGCACGCCGGUUGGCGUUGGUUCCGGAGGAUGGAGCCGCCCUACCCAUCUACUUACUGUCCUAUCUGCAGUCGUUGUUCAUCUUGCGACCCGACAACCCCAUUUCCAAGGACGAACUCGAAAACAAACCUUUCGACUACAGCAAGCUGGACACUUACGACAUCCUGAACAGGGCCAGGUACCAUGUGGAUCGCAGCGAUUUUCUGCAGGCACUGAAGUACUUGAACCUGCUGCAGGGUGCGCCGCGCCAGAUAGCCGGCGAGUGGAUGAAAGAGGCACGCCUCAUGCUGGAGACGCAGCAGGCGGCUAACACCCUAAUGGCCCACGCUGCCGCCAGCGGCCUUCUGUAUUUGUAGACUACGUCCCCAUCCCUUUCUCCUUCAAGGAUAGAAAUUAUACACACACAGACACACCUAUGAUUUGUUUUUAGUCCAGGAGAAGACGGAUCACAGCCCGAGAACGAUAGCGAAACAGCAAUAUGUAAUUUGUCCUACGAGAGAUCAUAUAUAUUACAUAUAUUUGUAACAUUUUGUUUAGCUUCAAUUAUAAAAAUUAUAUAUAUAGAAACGCCAUUAAGUAAAGCCCCAAACAACAAGAUUUCUAAGCGCGAGUGCGGUCUGAUGGCGAUUUCGAAAGCGAUAAUUGGAACCUAAAUUUUCGAUUGUAAAAAUGUAUAUUAGAUUAAACUAUGGAACACAGUUAGACAAUUGAA